UGACAGAGCAUGAUAGAGCAUGACAGAGCAAGAGAUCGGUCUGGAAGGAUCUGGGCCCCGGUAGGAGGGACACCGGGAAGUGACUCGGCAACUGGGGCCCAUGACUCAGCAUGGGGGCCAACUAUAUAACAGGAGCGAGGGCCAGAAGCUGGGAGCCAGCAGGAGAAACACACCUGGAGGAGGUAACUAAUCGCUCAGCAGUAACAGAUUGGGUUUGGAACCAUGGAAUUACCUGAUUUAGGAAAACAUUGCUCGGAAUCUACAUGUAAACGACUGGAUUUUCUUCCCUUGGAAUGUGAUGCUUGUGGAGAGGUCUUCUGCAAGGAUCACCUAACCUAUGACCAGCAUAAGUGUUCCUCUGCUUACAAGAAGAAUGUGCAGGUUCCAGUCUGCCCACUGUGUUCUGCUCCAGUCCCCGUAAAACGAGGAGAGAUGCCAGACAUAGCAGUUGGGCGACACAUUGACCGGAAUUGCAACUUUGAUUCUUCAAAUCGUAAAAAGAAGAUAUUUACCAACAAAUGCUUGAAACCUGGGUGCAAGAAGAAAGAACUCGUGAAGAUUGAAUGCGACCUGUGUCACAAUAACUUCUGCUUUCCUCACAGACAUCCUCUGGACCAUGAUUGCAAAGCCAACAGCCGGCCACUGUCCAAAGCCGGACAUGCUGCUUUAAACAGAUACGCAAAUGCUUCUCAGCAAGAUAAACUCCCAGCCAACAUAAUCAACACAACAGAGAGCUACAAACAAUGUAAAAGUGUGAAAUUGCAACAGCAGAGCUCAAAUCUUCCAGCCAGUAAAUCAGCCAGUGUAUCAAAUGUUGAUAUUCAAAAUGGACUGAGUGAAGAUGAAGCUCUUCAGAAGGCCUUGCAGCUGUCUUUACUGGAUGCUGGUAUGUGUGAUGGCCCCACUCUAAGCAGUCCUGAGGAAGAUAAUGAAGAACUAACUCAAGCCUUAAAAGCCAGCCUGGAAGAGUACAGAAAUUGUCGCAUGAAGAGUGUUAAAGCCACAGGAAAAUGAAUUGUGAAUAAAAUCUGCAUUAAGGGGUCUAUUUAGCAAAACAGUGACAUGUGAUAUUGGACUGCUGGACUGCAACUCCUAUUUCUCAGCCAGCUGGUUUCUCCAUCUGCACUGUCCACACAAUAUGCUAUACAGUGAUUGCUUAUUUUUCCAUGCUUAAAGUAAAGUUUACUCUAUUUUUGCUAACAUUUUUGGAUUCUUCUGUAUGUUUUCUGAAUGAGGUAGACUUGUAAUUGUUUUGUUUACUCUGGUUGUUUCUAGUGGACCAUAUUAACUGCUAUUAACAUUUUAACUUUUGUGUAUUCUUAAUCUUGAAUGGACGUGUUCAAUCCAACCUGUACAUAUUUAAAAUUUGGAUUUGGACGUUUAGUGAUUGAAUAAAGUACCCUAUUUUUAUAAAA